CAGUACCUUCAAUACAACCACCACCACCACCACCACCACCACCACUACCACCACUACCACCAUGGCUUCCACAUCUCUCUCUCUCAUUCUCUUAGCCCUAAGCACAUUUCUUUUAGCGCUGUCCCCUUAUGCUCAAGCUCAAAAACCCUCAGCUCCAGCGCCAUCUCCAAGCCAUCUCAAUCUCACUGGAAUCCUAGACAAAAAUGGUCAAUUCAAGACCUUCAUUCGCCUCCUCGCUACUACACAAAUUGGGGACCAGAUCAAGAACCAGCUCAAGAGCUCCACAGAAGGCAUGACAGUCUUUGCACCGACGGAUAAUGCCUUCAGCAACCUCAAACCUGGUACACUGAAUGCCCUCUCAGACCAAGAACAAGUGCAGCUUAUUCUCUACCAUGUCCUCUCCAAGUUCUAUAGCUUGGAGACACUCCUGACUGUUAGCAACCCUGUCCGAACCCAAGCCACCGGCCAAGACGGUGGCAUUUUUGGCCUUAACUUCACUGGCGAGGGAAACCAAGUUAACGUCUCAACCGGGAUAAUCGAGACUCAAGUCAACAAUGUUUUACGGGGAGAAUCUCCAUUAGCAGUUUACCAAGUUGACAAGGUGCUGUUGCCAUUGGAACUGUUUGGAGCUAAGCCUCCAGCAUUACCUCCACCACCAGCUAAAGCACCAUCAAGCGCAACAAACGCCACUGUUAUCGCAGAAGAGCCCUCUGCAUCUGCAUCAGAAAAGAGUGAUCCUUCGGGUUCAGGUGGAAGAAAUGUGGGGUAUGGUUUCGCUGUUGGGCUAGGGUUGAUGUGCAUGGGAGCUCUCUGGUGAUGUUGAAGUGCUGUGUGCGGUUUGGCCAUACAUUUUUAUAUCUGCAUUCAAGUGAUCUGUAUUCAUUUCUUUCAUCUCAUUUUAUUUCUUCUUCCUUCCUUUCCUUUCCUAUUUGCAUUGUUUGAAUAUAUAUUGAUUGUUACUUGA